UUUCUCCAUUUACAACACUAACAAUGCAUAGGCCUGAGUGAGUCUCAUGUCAUCUGAGCAUAAAAAGACUUGUUUGUAGUUUUUAAUCCCCUUUGCUAGUUAUUUUUGAUCGUUGCCCCUUCACUCAGACUGAUUGGACAUUUUUGAAUGACUCCAUUUCACUGAAUUCAAAUGGUGUCAGCUGUGCAUUAUUUAAAUCACGGUUCACAUAGCAACCCUAGAUUCUAGAAUGUGUAGAUUUCCAGACCUAAGAAACACAACACUUUUUUACACAGAGAAACAUACACACCUUCGCUGACCCAGUUGAUCUUUUUUCCAAAGUGUUGUUGAAAAUGUUGGACCUACUGCUUAUAAACAGUCCCUGUAUGGAUACUACACCCCAGCCUACAGAAGGACCAGGGAAGCCAGUCAUCCUGUGUGAUACUGACUACCUGUGUGAUCAGUGGCUGUCACAUCAUGACCUUGAGAUAGCAACUUUUCCAGGUCCUCUUCUGAGCAAAAAGAUGAAGAAGGAGGACUUGCUUGAUUUUAUCCGGAGAAAGACCCAUGAGUGUCUGAUUAAGGAUGAUAUACCUGACCAACAAGCAGCCUAUGUGUUUUGGCUUAUCAUGGAGAAGUUCUGCACCCAAAAUGGAAAUGUGAUGAUGACGGACAUCACUCCACUCCUCUGGAUGGGCUACAGUGCUUAUAAGAAUAAGCUCGGAGAUCUUGAGACAGAGGAUCACUGGUGCCUUCUUCUCGCUCGUCGCUUAUCCAACUCUAAUGACGCAGAAGAUGAGCUGAGGGAAUCCGUCAUUAAAAUUGGAGACACACUUGCGUCCAGAGGACAAAUAUACCCAGCUCACGUCUGUUAUGUGGUGGCACAGGUUGAGCUGGACUCGUACAAUGACAGAACCAGUUUCACCCUGAUUGGAUCUGGAGGGUAUGUUGUGUUCAUGUGUGUGUGCAUGUGUGGGAUUAUUUUCAUCACUUGUUACUGAUACACUUGUCUCUUUUUAAAUUUUUAUUUGUUUAUUUUUAAUUUUUUGACCAGUUUGCCAUUUGGGAAGUCAGCUAUGAGGGAAGCCUUCGAACGAACUGAAGUGUAUGAGUAUGCCCUCUGGUUGAACUCUGGGUUCACACAGCCAAACUUUCAGAUCUUCAAGCUACUUCACGCCGGAAGGCUAGCUGAUUCUGGACAUUCUGCUCAAGCCCGGAACUACUGCAGGACCAUUGCUACGGCAGUAGCCACCUUCCCCAGCAACAUCACAGUCAUCCUCAUGAGCCGUCUUAUUAGGCUCUCUGAGGAACUGUACAGAGGGAAGGCCAAAGAACCCAACUGGCUGGUAAAUCUUCGCUACCUGUGCCUACACAAGGUGGAACAGAUUCCUGGGAAGGAUUAUAUUAUCCCAGAGCAGCAGGAGGUGUGGGAUGUGGACUCUCAGUCACAGGGUCUCCUGACAGCUGAAAAGUUCACUCUCCAUCUUACUGCCAUGGAGCUGCAGGCUGAGAUGUGGGAUGAAGACUCAGAGUCAGAUGGUUCUCUGAUGCCUGAAACGUCCACCACCUAUGUGAAUACUUCGGAACUCCAGCCUGAGGUCUGGGAUGUGGACAGCGAGGUCCAAGAGAUGCCCACUUUCCAUCCUUCGUGUCUGAAAUUCCUCACUGAACCAGAGGCACAGAGAUUUCUUGCCUUGUACACCAUGGGUGACAUACUGGGGAGUGGAGGCUUUGGCACAGUUUAUGAAGGAACUUGUAAGAAAGAUGGACAACAGGUUGCAAUUAAAUACAUUGCCAAGGAUGCCUCAGAUUUCUACAUCCCCAUUCCUGGCGAGUCCUGCAAGCUCCUUCUAGAGGUGGCUUUAAUGCAAAUUGUAUCAAAGCCACCUCACAACAAGAACGUUCUGCAGCUCCUGGAUUGGUUCGAUAUGCCCGACUGCUUCCUGUUGGUCCUGGAGAGACCCGUCCCCUGCAUGGACGUGUAUAAUCUGUGUAUGAGUCAGAAAGGCGUACUAGAUGAACCACUGGCCAAAAUCAUCAUGUGGCAGGUGGUCGAGGCUGCCCGCUACUGCCAUAAUCGCGGCGUUUUCCAUCGUGACAUCAAGGCGGAAAACCUUCUUUUCAACACCGACACGAUGGAAGUCAAAUUAAUUGACUUUGGCUGUGGCGAUUUGUGGCAGGACACACCCUACGAGGAAUAUGCAGGAACUCCAGAUUUCUGGCCUCCAGAAUGGAUUCUGCAACAGGAGUAUAACGCCUACCCCGCUACUGUCUGGAGUCUCGGUAUACUCCUCUUUAGUAUAGUCUGUGGAGAAAUGCCCUUCAUGACUGACGAGGAAGUUGUUGCCGGGACCCUGCAUUUCAAGCCUGGCCUGUCUAAAGCCUGCCACCAUCUGAUCGAGUGGUGCUUGGAACAGGACCCUAACAAACGGCCAAGCCUCCAGCAGAUCAGCGAACACGAGUGGUUCACAGAAGACCUUUAAGACCGGGUUCAGACCCUGUAUAGAUGGCAUUGAAUCAUGAAACAACAACUAAUUUAUAUUGCCUGAGAAUAAAUUAAGAUCAGUGUACCCGACUGGCUGCUGUUUGCUUUUAUUCAUUUUUAUCAUCUUGAUGAUCUUCUGCUUGGAGCUUUCUGCAGUUAUAACUCACUUUCUGCUGCUGUGGAUGGACACACAUGGAUAGCUUAAAGAUUUGCACUUCCCAACAACAGUUUAUGCCACUUCUCACUGUUGCUUCAAUAGAUAAUCUCAUAUGGAUAAUGUAGACU